UUGCUCUAUUCUCAGAACCAACUCAGUCUUCUUCUUCAUCUUGAACUGUAACACAAAACAGAGAGCGACGUAUAGCAAACCAAAGCUCCAUUCUUUUCGAUCUAACCAUCUUCUCCACUUCAAACCCAUUUCUGAAACGUAUUUUUAAAUCAUAAUUUCUCCUAAAGUUUUCAUUUUUGUUUCUGAAUAACAAUGAAGAGGCUCCGAGGUUUCAAGAUUGGACACAGGUUCGUUAAGAUCUUCAAAUGGAUAAUCCGAACUAGAAGAAUCCAAACCGGGAAACGCCAAUGUCUGACCGGAAUCCUCAACCCGGUUCAAAAAAUCUGUUCUUUAGCACGGUGCCUCCGUCGUGGAGCUAAUAGACUCUGCGGAGGAAAGAAAACGGGUCAGACCCGGUUAGGUAACGAACCGAAACCGGCGGCUGUUCCCAAGGGACAUUUAGUGGUUCACGUGGGAGAAGCCGGCGACGAUACGCGGCGCGUGGUGGUUCCGGUGAUUUACUUUAACCAUCCUCUGUUCGGAGAGUUGCUGAAGCAGGCGGAACGGGUUUACGGGUUUGAACAAUCGGGUCGGAUUACGAUACCUUGUCGGGUAUCGGAUUUUGAGAAGGUUCAGAUGAGGAUCGCCGCGUGGGAUCGUUGUCGGCAGAAGCGGACUUUCAAGAUUCUCUAAUUUUGACUUCAAUAAAUAAAUAAAAACAAAUAAAUAUUUAGCUUUUUUUUUUCUUCUCCUAGAUGAGGAAAAAAAAGAGUGCAAAUAUCAAUUACAGAGAUGUGACUUCCAUCCACUUUAUGUGAAUAACUCAAUAGAUUAUACAAACAUACCAAUACAUUUUAAUCUGAUGUC